AUGAGCAACUGGGUUGGAGGUUUUUCCAGUAUGGAGCAGGAAGAAUGCAAGGUAUCAGUAUGGGUCUGCCGGGAGGAGAAGCUGGUCUCGGGGCUGUCUAAACGCACCACCUGCGCCGAUGUUGUCAAAGUUCUACUGGAGGACCAAAACUUGCAGCAAGGUGCGUCAGCGGCGAUGCUGUCUGGGACCCCCCAAUCUUACUGCAUAGUGGAGAAAUGGAGAGGCUUUGAGAGGAUUUUACCCAAUAAAACCAAAAUCCUGCGUCUCUGGAGCGCCUGGGGAGAUGAGCAGGAAAACGUGAGGUUUGUGUUGGUGAAAAAUGAGGCAUCGUUACCGAACAACGGACCCAGGAGCGCCGAGGCGCGGGUCGUUCAGAGCAAAGACAAUCCGUGCGUAUUCAAGGGAGCAGCCAAUACCACAAUGGCUUUCUCGCAAGAAAAGCAGCGGAGGAUUGUUAGAAAAGCUUUUAGAAAGUUGGACAAAAUUAACAAAAAGAAAGAACAGACUGUUCAUCAGGAUAAAUCCUCAGUGGAGAAAUUGGAAACAUUGGUGCACUUAGUUAUAUCGCAAGAUCACACCAUCCGCCAGCAGAUCCAAAGGAUCAAAGAAUUGGAUAGGGAUAUAGAAAGGUAUGAGGCAAAAGUGCACUUUGACAGAAUUAAGAGACAUGGUAUCAAUUAUGUGCAGGACACAUACAUGGUGGAAUCGAGCGCGGAGGCUGAUCCAAUAAAGGACGUUCCACGUUCAGCGGAGGCUAUUGCGCAGUUUGAGGAGUACGCGCUUAGGUGCGAGGAGGUCCUGGGACUUCAGGAGGAGUUGACAGAGCGCGAGGCUCUCAUGGAAUGCAUCACAGGUGAAAUUCAGGAGGAGCUAAACCAAAGGUGGAUGAAAAGACGGCAAGAUGAGCUAUCGGGCAAAGACACAGAAAGUAUGGGGGAGUCUGUGGACAUCCCCGUGGCUGCAGUGACUCCACAGCGGGCAGCACAGUCAGGCGCCGCCGCUCCAGAGCCAGAUGUGGACAGUCUAUCAGAGAACGACUUGGUUUUAGAGGGGAAGAUAAUCAAAACAAAGCUGGAUACCAGUUUAUAUAUUGGUCUUCGUUUGAACACGGAUUUAGAGGCUAUUAAGGGUGAUUUGGACUUAAGCCAGGAGCUAUGGGACGCGAAAGAAAAAGAACUAACGGAUUUGCUCGCAAAAAUGCACUAUGCCAAUUUAAAUAAGGAAAAGUUACCGGAGGCUGAUAAAGAACACUCUUGUGUCACCGAGACUGAAAUGUUGCCUUCCUUAGAGAAGAGCAGUGGGUGGGUGGAGCAGGCCAGAGGUCUUUCCAAGACCUGCGACAUGAACGAUGAAGACUCAGACACAGGGCUGAGCUCCAUGCAUAGCCAGGACUCUGACAAUACACCUGUGUGUGAAUCACUGGUGUAG